UUUUCCAGAGUUCCCCUUUUUCUGGAAUUGCCCCUUCCCUCGGGUAAUGAUUCAUUCCAGCUCCUGAAUUGCAGCGGCCACUGCUCGGUUUGGCACAGGCUGGGUUGUUGCUUUUGUUGGAUUGCCCGCGUCUGGACCGCGCGGUGCGGGGUCGGGCCGGCCCGGCUCCACUCGACACGUCACUGGGAUCGGGAUAAAGGCGGCGCCGCCAGUCGAGCCGGGCAGAGCAGAGGCUGCAUCAAGAGCAGCAACACCACCCCGCAUCCAGAUACACUCGCUCUGCACGCAUCGCAAUCCAACGCUCUUCUCCGCAUCGCAACCCAACGCUCUUCUCCGCAUCAACCUGCACAGUGAGGGCUGCGAAGCCUCACAAUUGAACGGGUCCCGAGUACUUCAGAGAUAAUCCCAGUGCGCUCCCGGGGUUAUCCAACAUGAAGUGUGCAGAGCUAGAAUGGACAAGGCUAACGGCGCUGCUGCUCGUUGCACACUCGGUUGUAGCGAUGGUGCGCCCCAAUAUGACUUCAGAACUGGAUGUAAUGAUGGCAAAGUUUCUAGAAGAACGCGAGAAACGUUUGGCUACCGAAGCACACUUUAAAGCAACUGGCAGCUUAGAUUCAACCAAGUCAAAUUAUACGGAUCCAAAUGUGCCACCCAGGACUUCCAGAAGAGCGAAAAGAUCCAUCACAGAUAUUGACAGACAACUAAUCUUGGAUCUGCACAAUAAACUGAGAAGUCAAGUGUCACCAAGUGCAGCUGAUAUGGAAUACAUGACCUGGGAUACAGAACUGGAAAGAUCUUCAGAAUCUUGGGCUUCACAGUGUUACUGGGAACAUGGACCUGGUUACCUCCUACCAACUAUAGGGCAGAAUCUGGGUGUACACUGGGGCAGAUACCGGCCUCCUACAUUCCAUGUUCAAGCUUGGUAUGAUGAAGUUAGCGAUUAUAGAUAUCCUUAUCCUCAAGAAUGUAACCCUUGGUGUCCCUUCACGUGUGUUGGUCCAGUGUGUACCCAUUAUACUCAGGUAGUAUGGGCAACAAGUAACAAAGUUGGCUGUGCCAUUAAUUUAUGCAUAAACAUGAACGUCUGGGGCCAGAUAUGGGAACAAGGGGUCUACUUGGUUUGCAAUUACUCCCCUAAGGGAAAUUGGUGGGGCCAUGCUCCUUAUAAACAUGGGCCUCCCUGUUCUGCCUGUCCUCCAAGCUAUGGGGGAGGCUGUAGGGAGAAUCAAUGUUACAAAGAAAUUAAAAUUUGUGGUGACAUGCCGUGGAACAACACCAUUGAAGGAGAUAACAGUGGUUACCCAGACCUCGUUGCUGGUUGCGAAGGGGCCCCCAAAACAGUUCAAGCUUCAGGCCCCCCAAAAUAUGAUGGCACCAGCCAUUACUAUCCUCCUUCAGAACCAGAGCAAGAAACUAAUGAGGUUGAGAGACAGACCACACAAACUCAGGAAACGCAAUCAAAUGCACGAAUACGACCAGAUUCCACAAGAACAGAGCACCUUGACGCAAAUGAGAUAAUAAAUACCCAGCAAAUGUCUCAGUUGGUAUCUUGCGAAACCAAGCUACGUGACCGAUGCAAGGGAACGACUUGUAAUAGAUAUGAAUGCCCAGCAGGUUGCUUGUACAGUGAAGGAAAAGUAAUUGGGACACUGCAUUAUGACAUGCAAUCAAGCAUUUGUCAAGCUGCAAUGCAUCAUGGCGUGCUGGACAAUGAUGGUGGUUGGGUAGAUAUUACAAGACAAGGAAAGAAGCCUUUCUUUAUAAAAUCCAACAGAAAUGGGAUCCAAUCAUUUGGUAAAUAUAGACCUGCCAAUUCAUUUACAGUCUCUGAAGUACCAGUCCAAGCUGCUAAUUGCCAAACAAGAGCACAUCAGAUAUGCACAUUCAAAAAACCAGUUUCACAUUGUCCACGAAUGUAUUGUCCACCUAAUUGUUUGGAGGAAAAUCCACAUCUGGCUCGGGUAAUUGGAACCCGGUUCUACUCUGAUAGAUCCAGUAUUUGCAGAGCAGCGGUACAUGCCGGGGUCAUUCGCAAUUAUGAUGGAGGUUACCUUGAUAUAAUGCCAGUUGAGAACAAGCAGCGUUAUUUUGGCACGUACCAGAAUGGAAUAUUCUCCGAAAGCCUGAAAAAUCCACCUGGAGCCAAAGCAUUCAGAAUAUUUGCAAUCAUUUGAUUCUGGUCAAAAGUAACCACGUUUAAGGCAGGACUUGGAAGAAGCAAAGAAAAGUGUUUCAACUAUUUCCUGUGCAGGGUUUUUUUUCCGCUGUGUUAGGAUAUUGGCAGAAAGAAUUCUAUCCAUUGCAAACCAAAAAAAUCAGUACCAUGUCAUGAAAAAGAGUAAUGCAGAAGGUUAAAAUCGCAUACACCAUAAUUACAUUAAUAAUGGAACUGCCCCGUAAGCAAAAUUUACAAUUGUAAAACUGCGAUUCUAACAGAAUGCUGCUAACUCAAUAACACAACCCAAAAAAUGAAGGUGUUUUUCAAAGUGAAAACCAUGAUUAGGUUGAACUAAUCUAAUGCCUUGAGAAUCUGGCAGUUAUUCCUGCAGGCCAGGAAAUAAAUUGGUGAUAAUAAUGUAUUAUUGGUAGAGUGAUCAGCUUGUACAAUCCAUGUGAGAGAUAUUGCAACUCAUUACAUUCAUAUUUUGGCUGAACAUUUAGCAGAGAAAUUCUCACAUCUUAUCUCUACCAGAAGUAGAAAUCGGUAGGUUCUAAAUAUUAGAGUGUCAACUGAUUUGAGCCUUGAAUAGGCAACGAUGUCCUAAUGUUUGCUUGGGCUCGUAAUAAAGUCGUUAUCAAUUGAACAGCACUUGUCCCUUGCAUGCCCUGUCCAGUUGACUUUGGGUCUUCCGCUGCAUAACUAGUAGUUGUAUACCUGUUCAAGCAAGUGGAUUCAGAGUUUUUUUUCUUGUGUAUUAUUGAUAAUUGAAAGCUCAAGUUUGCCUCUUCAUUUUAUUCCCCCCCCCCUUCAUUUUACCAUCCACUCCUUCUAGAUGACUAUCUGCAGGAUGUCUCAGUGUAGAAACAGAUGAUUUUUUGUUUGAGCUGCAUUUUAAUAAUUGAUUAGCAUCUGCAUGGAUAUGGCCUGAGGCCCCCUUUUUGAACAGGCCUCAGCAGUGUCUAAGGGGUUGUGUUCAUGUUGUGACUUCAUUUCACAACAGUCUCAAGCACAACUCCAAUUAUUUCCCUAAAUGACAAAAUAGAAUGUAUAAAUCAUGCUUUCACACACAGUUUUAAAGUAAUUGAAUCAAUUCUCAAGAAAAAACAUCAUACUGUGGGGAAGGGUCUCAACCCAAAACGUCAUCCCUUCCUUCUAUCCAGAGAUGCUGCCUUUCCCGCUGAGUUACUCCAGAAUUUUGUGGCUAUCUUUGGUGUAAACCAGCAUCUGCAGCUCCUUCCUACACAUACUGUGUGCAUAGAUGGGAUACACAACAGAGAUUAUGAAGUGCCUUUGGAAAAUAAGCUAGCAGAUUUACAUCCUGUUAUUUGGUGUGAAACACGGUAUAAAGAUGUUUGAUUCUAUUUUUUAAAAAUUAUAUUGCCUGCAGGUCACAAGCUGUUGAAAGUUAUUUAUGUUAUUAUCAUGUUAAAAUUGCCAUUUGUACUUGUAUCUUUUAAAUGUUUUAUGAAAUCUGCCUUUCAAACAAUACUGUCUGCCUUAUGUAUCUUUACUACCUCAGAUACUUAUUUGUAGUGUACGUGCUUAAACAGAUUUUUUAUUUAGUCAAAUCUGCAAGGUUAUUUUCUCAUUUUUGAAUUAAAGACCCUGUAAACAGUAAAUAUUGCACUGCUGUUAUUUAAUCUAUUUUCCAUUAUUUGCACAUGGAAAAGCAUAGGGCGGCAUGGUGGCGCAGUGGUAGAGUUGCUACCUUACAGCGCCAGAGACCCAGGUUUGAUCCAGACUACGGGUGCUUGUCUGUACAGAGUUGGUACGUUCUCUCCGUGACCUGCGUGGGUUUUCUCCGAGAUCUUCGAUUUCCUCCCAUGCUCCAAAGACAUAUAGGUUUAUAGGUUAAUUGGCUUGGUAUAAAUAUAAAUUGUCCGUAGUGUGUGUAGAAUCGUGUUAAUGUGCGGGGAUUGCUGGUCGGUGCGGACUCGGUGGUCCAAAGGGCCUGGUUCCGCGCUAUAUCUAUAAACUAAACUUAAACUAAAAAGAGGAUUUUAUUUACAUUCCAAACAGUUCUCUCUACCUAUCCAUAUCUUUUCAAAACUAAAAAGAAUUAAAGUUUGAAAAUUAUUUUAAACAGGCUAUUGUAAUAAAUGUAUGAAAACUGCAAUUUAAAAAUACCUCUUUAAACAUUUCUGAUUUUAAAUUAUUUGGUGAGAUAAAAAAAGAAUGGAUUAUGUGUCCAGGUACCACCAUGUCAUUAUGUAAUUGUUGGAUAACAGUUGUGGCAUCUUUUCUACAUCAAUACAGAGUGUGAAAGGUUGUGUUAAAUAUUCAGAUUUGCGUGUUGAUCUGAUGUUGGAACAUUUAAAAUGAUAUGUUAAUAUGCCUACUAGUGCUUUAUAAUAGCUGGUCUCAAAACUGAUAAGCAGUUGUAUCUGAAUCUUGUACCCGAUUUGUUAACAAUCUUUAUUAAAGUCAUGAAUUUUAUAGCAGUUUGGGAUUAUUGAAAAUAUUUAGUGGAGUAUUUGUAUUGUUCUAAUAAUAAAUCAAUUAUUGAGGCAAAA